UAUCGGACGGUCAUUCGGCGUUCUAUCCCUUAAGCAUAUAUACAACAAUUGCGUCGUUCAACGUCUUAUAUGGGUCGUCCUAAUCAAGGGAUUGACACUCAAGUGUGCAAAAUGGGACGUCGGUACACAAAUAUGCCACAAGAGUAUAAUCGGGACGGCAAUUUCCGAUCCCGUGGAACGAAGUCCAUUUUAGAAGAUGGUAUAUAGGAAUUUAUACAGCGGAAUUCUAUAUAGUGGGUGGCAUAAGGAAUAUAUACAGCGGAAUUCUAUAUAGUGGGUGGCAUAAGGAAUAUAUAUACAGCGGAAGUCUACUGAGUGGUAUAUAGGAAUGUUCUUUGUUUACUACCAAAUAGGACGAGAAAAUAGAAUAAAAUAAAAAGUGCCCCAUUUCACCCUACAAGAUUUCUGCGUGUCGUUAGUUUAAUUUCUUUUAAAUAAAGUAUAGUAUAGAAUGGAAGACGGUACAGAAUAUACUAGUGAAAAACAUGUUAUUCGUGCGUUUAUUCCGUUUCUGGUUUCAAUUGCGUUGGUAUUUUCGGGCUUCGGUGUUCUUCUAGAUCUCCAAACAAGUAUACACAUCAAAAAUGGCGUUGGUGCAACGGCAACAUGCGCGAGUUAUAUCGCAUCUGCAAUCUUUGGUGUCACAUUUACGCCAAUAAUUUUACGAAAAUUCGAAAAGAAGUACCUCAUGCAAAUCACCGCUUCUACAUGUCUUAUCUACAUUGCUGCUAAUUAUUAUCCAGUUUCAUCCGUGUUGAUACCUGCUGGUGUAAUAGUCGGCUUUGGUGAGGCGCUUAUGUGGCCAGUGAUGUCACUUUACGUCACAUAUUUUGCAACAAAAUUCGCUCAGUUCGGCGCCAAGAACACCUCUGACGUCAUCACUGAAUUUACUGGAUAUUUUUUCUGCAGCUAUCAAUUAAGCCAAACGUUUGGAAAUCUUGUUAGCUACGCGAUCCUAUAUGCUGGAAAAACAAUCACGGAUACCGGGGGGAAUGCUUUUAACAAAAGCGCUGUAGUUGAUCUUUCCAUUUGUGGAGUGAAUGACUGUCAGUACAAGAACGUUACAAAUGCGAACAUGAAACAAUAUGUUCCACAUUCAAAGAUCGUACUUUACAUCAUGUUUGCAGUUAUGGGUUUCUUUGUACUUUCUGCCAUUGCAAUUAUAACAAUCUUUCUCAAUAAAAUAAAUUCCUCGCUGCAAGCUCAGAAUGAAAUAAAAGACCAGGGCUCUCUACAGUUUAUGGGAGCAACAAUGGCGGCAAUGUUGAAGCAUAUGGUUAAUCCAAAGCAACUUUUAAUAACUCCGUUUGCUCUGUAUAGUGGUCUCUACAUGGCGUUUAAGUUUUCUGAGCUUCCCAGAGCUUAUUCCUCAUGUAUGCUUGGAGUAACACAGGUUGGAUUGUGCAUUGCCAUUUCCGAUACAUCCAACGCUCUUGUGUCUUAUUUCUCGUGCAAAUUAAUCAGCAGAAUAGGUCGCGUUGGACCAAUAGUCGUCGUAUUUUUGCUCGACUUUGGAAACUACAUGUUUCUACUUAAUUGGGUGCCUACGUCAUCGAACAAGUGGCUUGUCUACGUCAUAUUUGCGAUAUUUGGUUGUAUAGACGGCGUGUGGAAUCCACAAAUAAAUGAUAUUCAUGGUUCCCAUUUUCCCGAAAACAAAGAAACUGCCUUUAUGGUUUGGAAUUUCUGGAUUUUGGUUGGUUUUGCCAUACAGUUUGGUUGGAGCACUAGUUUAUGUGUGUACCUCAAAAUUUACGUACAGAUCGGACUAUUGUGUUUUUCUGUGGUUUGCUAUGGCAUCGCGGAAUACCGUUUUGUAAAAGAAAAGAAAAAUGCAUACGAACCUAUUAAAUGAGCUAUUUAAGCGGUGAAGGAAAACAUUUUUUUAAGUGAAAUGAUGAGAGAAUUGUGUAUAUGCUUGUAUGCGUAGUCGUCAGAUAACAUGAGCUAUUUUUAGUUACAGGUUACCGAUUAUUUUAAUACUUUAAAUCUGUUUCGUUCACAUGAAAUAUUACGUGUGGACUACCAUGUGUGUUUUGGCCGUUCGAAUUUUCGGGGUGUUUGUAUAAUUAUUGUGUUGCGAUGGUCACUUGUAUUACCAAAGGUCCAGUGUGCUAAGUUUGUUUUGCCAACUGUUAGUUUUCUCCUUUUUACUGUACGGCUGUUUUUAUUGAGUAAUUUUAGUGCAGAGUUCGUGAACUAAUUUGGUACAAUUCAAAUUAGAGCAUUGUAUUUUGGUAUUACAAAAGUAAGGCUGUAAGAACGUUAA